CCCUGGGGCGGAGCCGCGCGGGGCCCGGCCGGGGAUUCGCGGCUGGCGAGGCGCUUAGGGCGCGCGGCCGGGCCGGGCUUGGGCGGGCGGGCAUGAGCCAGGCGGCCGCAGCCUGUCGCUCGUCGGGCAGCCGCAGCGGGGCCAUGAAGGUGAAGAAGGGCGGCGGCGGAGGGGCGGCCGGGGCCGCCGCGCCCGCUUGCACCGAGGACGAGCUGCGGGGCCGCCGGGCCGCCGGGAUCAGCCCCGAGGACGUGCUGGGGCUGCAGAAGAUCACGUCCGAUUAUUUGUGCACUCUCGAGGAGAACGUGUACAAGAUCGAUUUCACCCGGUUCAAAAUCCGAGACAUGGAGUCGGGCACGGUGCUGUUUGAAAUCACCAAGCCCCCGGUUUCAGAACGUGAGCAUGAUGAGAAGAAGGACAUUGACCCGAACGCAGGGCGCUUUGUGCGCUACCAGUUCACCCCAGCAUUCCUUCGACUGCGCCAGGUUGGAGCCACGGUGGAGUUCACGGUUGGCGACAAACCCAUCAAUAACUUCCGCAUGAUCGAGCGGCACUACUUUCGGGACCAGCUGCUGAAGAGCUUUGAUUUCGAAUUCGGGUUCUGCAUCCCCAGCAGUAAAAAUUCUUGCGAGCACAUCUAUGAAUUCCCACAGCUCUCCGAGGACCUCAUCCAGGAGAUGAUCCUUCACCCCUACGAAACGCAGUCGGACAGUUUCUACUUUGUAGACAACAAACUGGUGAUGCACAAUAAGGCAGACUAUUCCUACAGCGGCGGACCCUGAGAAGAGCUGGCGCACCUUUCUCGACCCUGGUGGGAUGGCUUGGGAUUCCGCCUUCCUGCAGCCACAACGAGGACUCUGCAUCCAUUGGAGCUUCACGACUAAAUUAGUGACAUUUUGACUCUUCCUUGAGCUGCGAGGCGACCCCACCCCCACCCCAGCCUUCUAGAGCGGAUCUCUUUACCCUACUGGGUACUUGUUAGUUUCUUAAGGCUCUCAAAAUAGCUUUGGGUAGUAACUUCUGCCUAGCAAGGCAUGCGUUUUGCACCGGACUUUGGCCUGGUCUCUGGUUUUGAAUGCUAAGCGUUGCGGGAGCUCUAAGAGGCACACUCUUGAUCGGAUGGAACACGGUCAGCGGUCCUCGGUGGGGGCAGGGGGGAGGCCCACAUUCCUUAUUAGCAACAGCUCUUAACUUGCCAUUCAGCGGACCGAUGUGUUGUCAUCUUGUGGCAUUCACACUUGAGAUGUUUAGCUUGGUUUGUUAGCGUCUUCUGGACUGAGGGGGUGGGGGUGGGGGAUGGGUGUGUUGCCGAUCACCUCUCUCUCAAAGAGAUCAGGGGUCUACGGUGUCCAGAGGAUUUGUCAAGAAGGCUUCUGGUAUCAGGGGGUGCUUGUUGUGCAAGGGGGAGGGGCUGUGGGGGCUUUCCCCCCUCCUUUGGUCAGAUGCCAAGCUAGGUAAGUCCUCUGAUGGGCUGUUUCUUUCCUUUAAGCCCUGUUGCUCCGCUCACUCCCCAACAAACUUUGCACAGUACUGGAGCGUUGCUGCCAAGGGGGGGGGGGAUCCAACUAGAUCUUCAGCUUGGGGGGCAGUCAAGGGGCCUGGCUUAUCCUGGAUCAUGGAUGCUCGGGAAAAACUCGGGAAUGGGUGGACAGGACACAAGCUCUAUCCUGUGUCUGCUCCUGAUGCUUUUUUGUGUGCUUUUCCCCUCUUCCUGUUGUAACUCCUUGGAACAAAACCUACCAACACACGAAUUUAACAACCUGGGAUGGGAAUUGCUGUAGGUGUUUCCCUGGAACCAUCCUGGGAAGUUUCCAAUUGCUCCUCAUAUGCCCAUCAAAGUGAGGUGGGUGGGAAAGGGACUGUGGCUCAGUGAUGAAGAGCCUUUCCUUCGCAUGCAGAAGGUUUCUGGUUCGAUACCCAGCAUCUCCUGUUUAAAAGGACCAAGCACUAGCUGCUGUGAAAGACCACCGUCUGAGACCUCGGCGGGCUUCUGCCAGUCUGAGUAGACGAUACAGCCUUGAUGGAUCAAGGAACUGAUUCCUGGGUCGCUGAACUUGGCAGGAACAACAGAUAAUUGGAGCUAAACCCCCCCCCCGCCCCGGAUAAGCAUCUUCCUCUGCAUUCCCCAUCUCCAAAUGGUCCGGCAGCUGCCAUUUGUAGAUAGCGCUCCAAAUCCUUGGUGUCCCCGUGUCGCAUUCCGUGAGUUCCGUGGAACUAUUGUGCGUUAUCCUCUUGAUGAGUGGAACUGUAGAUUUAGUUGCAACAUGCCGUGUUUAGCCGUGGUUGGUCGCUCUCUGGUCAUACAACCUGUGUUGCCGAUGCCAGCAACCAAAAGUCACGAGGCGCGUUUUGGCACAGUCUUCCGGAGGCCGGAGUUCUCCCGAAUGUCAUGCCGGCGAGGAUGGCUUUGAGACAGAAGGGGAGUGAUGGGGCCGCUUUCCGCAUGUAAUGAUUUGCCUUGGUGGGGGAGGUAGGAAUUGUUCUUGUUUUAAAAAAGGCAUGCUGGAUUGCUGGCGGGCGCCAAUAAAAUGGUUUUAACAAAA